AAACAUGUGUGCCAUUACUUGGAUACCCUUAUACAAUGUACACUAGGAUUAGAGUGGGCUGAAAUCUGGGGGGGAGUUAUUCGCUGGGCCGAUACGUUUCUGAGACACUGCAGUGUCAACGAAGUCGUGUCAAUGUUCCUGGACUUUGAAAUACCUAGACGUACUGGCAUUUCUAAUUGAUUGGAUUAGAGGGUUUUUAAAAAGUGUCUUUCCUAAUUAAAAAUGUUUCUCAGUGUUAAGUUAGUCACAUCAGUUCUCGUCCUUCUGAAGCUUCGAUCUCUUCUGGCUACCGAGACUGAAAGUGACUACAUCUUGUCCGAUUACAAGGACCACCCAUGUAACAGACAUUGUGAAGACAACGCCCUCCCAAGGCUCUGCAAGUAUACCUGGCUGCUAGAGAAUUAUUACGUCAUGUCCAAGGCGUGUCACGACUGCCCUUUCAACCAGACUCACUGCUAUCUCCCACACUGUGUCUCUGCCGAUGGCGUCAUGCGUGGAAUUAAGACAGCUAAUCGAAUUCUUCCGGGACCAAGAGUUGAGGUUUGCGAAGGUGAUACCAUCGAGGUGACUGUGAUGAAUGCCAUGGAAGUUUCUGAAGGCACCUCAAUCCAUUGGCACGGCAUCCACCAGAGAGGUACUCCGUUUAUGGAUGGAGUGGCUAUGCUGACGCAGUGCCCCAUUCCAGCUCAUGCCAAAUUUACAUACAGGUUUACAGCAAAUUAUCCUGGGACUCACUUUUGGCAUGCCCACGCCGGCGUCCAGAGAGCAGACGGCUUAUUUGGCUCACUGGUCAUCCGGAGACCCCCGAGCCGAGAACCCCAGUAUCUGCUUUACGACUACGACCUGACGGACCACGUGAUCAUCGUCAACGAUUGGCUGGCCGAAAUGACGGUCAACAGAUUCGCGGCGCACCACCACGACAGCGGCGACAACAAACCAGAACUAAUGCUUAUCAAUGGCAGGGGACAGUACCGAGAAUUUAAAGACAGCAAUGGGACGUCCUUUUUCACACCAAGGGCUACAUUCACAGUGAAGCCAGGCAAGAGGUAUCGGUUCCGGGUCAUCAAUGCUGGAAUAUUAAAUUGUCCUAUUCAGUUUUCAGUGGACAGCCAUACUAUGACGAUGAUCGCUUCAGAUGGACACUCAUUUGCUCCCUACACUGUUGACAUGUUUAACAUUUUCUCAGGAGAAAGAUAUGACUUCGUGCUAUAUGCUGACAAAGAAGAGAACUUGAGGAAUUAUUGGAUCCGAGUUAAAGGCUUGGCUGACUGCAAUGUCAAGUCCGCUAAUCAAACUGCCAUUUUGAAAUAUGAGGGCGCUCCCGAUGAUCUCCCCCCUGAAUCACCUCUUGAACCUGCACCUGGGGGAAAGCUUCUGAAUCUCUGGAACGCCAAAAGGAGCCAGAAUAAGGCGGAUAUCACACAAAUGUCCAGUGUGGAGGCCGAUGACGACAUCCUCACAUCCAAACCAAAUAAGACGUUCUACCUCGCUAUGGACUUUUACAAGAUCGACAACCCACGGUUCAACAACCCUACCUACUACCCACUGAGUUCUGUCCUCAAGAGUCAGAUGUUGUACACUCCUCAAAUCAACCACAUCUCCACUCUGCUGCCCCCGGUGCCGCCUCUGUCGCAGUACGAUGAUGUGUCCAAAGACAUCUACUGUAAUGCCGAGACUUUACAGGAACACUGCGACACAAAGUGGUGCGGCUGUGUCCAUCUGUACCAAGUGGACCUCAACGAUAUCGUGGAGCUUGUGGUCAUCGACGAGGGGUUGCCUUACGAUGCCAAUCACCCCAUGCACCUUCACGGUUAUAGUUUUCGCGUCAUCGGAAUAGACAGAAUUAAUUCCACCACAACACUAGAAGAAGUGAAAGCAAUGGAUUCAAGAGGGGAGUUAAACAGAAGCAAAACAAAAGCACCCCUUAAAGACUCAGUUACUGUCCCUGACGGCGGCUAUACAAUUGUUCGGUUCAAAGCUGAUAACCCAGGGAUUUGGUUUUUCCACUGUCACAUUGAGUUUCACGCCGAAAUAGGAAUGGGGCUCUUCUUUCAGGUGGGAAACAAAAGUCAAUUCCCAAAGCCUCCUAAGAACUUCCCGAAGUGCGGAGAUUUUCUGAACGAUGAAUCAGACGACACUGAGGAGGUCACGGUCACACAGACUGUGAAAUGUACGUCAGGAUGUUCAGAUGUUGUCCCUUGGUCAGCACUGGUCCUACUGGUGGCUUUGUCUACAACUUUUAAAAUGGGAAUAAAUAUUUGAUCUCUUGCAUAACAAUGCUACAUUUUUAUUUAACAUAUUUGGUGAAAUGUAUGUUUUUAACAUAUGGUUUUUAAACUGCCAUUUUAGACAAAUAAGACAAAGAAAAAAAAAAUUCAUUUUCUAAAAAUUCUUUAUAUAGACUAUUGAAAGUGAAACAAACAUGAAAAUAUUUUUUCAAAAUUUUUGACAUGUUUCGUGUUCCAUAGUGUGGGACAUGUUUGUUUAUGUCAGCUCUGAACAAAUAUGUGUUCUUUUUUGUUGUUGUUUUUAGCUUUGAAGAAACUAGCCUCUGAGCCCGUCCAAAUGACAACAACACUUUUCAAAUGAAAGACAUAUUUUGUAUUCUUUAAGUUCUUGUCAUCAUAUAAUAAUAGCAGCCAUUUACAAUUUCAUUAACCAUGUACUUUUGUUUAUUUAGAACCCAUUAUAUUUAUUUAUAAUGUGUGAUCGUUUUUGUAUAAAGCUGUCUGGAAUGUAAUCGAUAUUUAAAAUAAAGAAAUUAAUUGUGUAAAGACAAAGUUGAUCUUCAUUUUUUUC